CGAAUCAGCCGGGGAAGAGUUGACAAUAAAUCGACUGAUCAACUGUGAUUUUACUGAGAAAUUUGAAUUCAAAAGCACUGAAACUCAACUCAGCCCCAAUCCAUGUGGACUGCGCCAGAUCCCUAAUUCCUCCAAUUCCAUUCAGAUCCAACUCCUCCGUUUUCUCUAAACCCUCUCUAAAACCCACCCCUUUCUUUUUUUCAUUUCCUUAAGUUUCCCACCUGGGUUUCUGUAUCCAUUACUGGAGUGACAGGUGGUGGUGUAGAUGGCAAUGACGGAAUGCAGCGUCUGCCAUUCAAGAUUCACAGCCACUGCUUCCAAGACCGUGUCAAAGGCAUAUGACAGGCAUAGGAGCGACAUCUCCUCCAAAUCACGUGCCCUGAACAUCCUUCUGGUUGUGGGCGAUUGCAUCUUGGUUGGUCUACAGCCUAUAUUGGUAUACAUGUCUAAGGUGGAUGGAAGCUUUAAGUUUAGUCCAAUAAGUGUUAACUUUUUGACAGAGGCAACAAAAGUGCUAUUUGCAAUUAUGAUGCUCUCGUUCCAGGCUCGGCGUCAAAAAGUUGGAGAGAAAUCCCUUCUCUCUAUUUCUACAUUUGUGGAGGCAGCUCGAAAUAAUGCGCUUCUUGCUGUUCCAGCUCUCCUUUAUGCUAUUAAUAACUAUCUAAAGUUCAUCAUGCAGCUUUAUUUUAAUCCUGCAACUGUGAAGAUGCUGAGCAAUCUGAAGGUUCUGGUCAUUGCUGUUUUGUUAAAGAUAAUCAUGAGACGACGCUUUUCCAUAAUUCAGUGGGAAGCUCUUGCCUUGUUGCUCAUCGGAAUAAGCGUGAAUCAGUUGCGGUCUCUACCUGAGGGUACCACUGCUUUGGGUCUUCCUGUUGCAACAGGCGCAUACUUAUACACGCUUAUCUUUGUCACUGUUCCAUCACUAGCUUCAGUCUUUAACGAGUAUGCACUGAAGAGCCAAUUUGAAACGAGCAUUUACCUUCAGAACUUGUUUUUGUAUGGGUAUGGUGCUAUAUUCAACUUUCUAGGCAUUAUUGGAACUGCCAUUUUGAAAGGCCCUAGUAGCUUUAAUAUCCUGCAAGGACAUUCCAGGGCUACCAUGCUUCUAAUUUUCAACAAUGCAGCACAAGGGAUCCUGUCUUCAUUUUUCUUCAAAUAUGCAGAUACAAUUUUGAAGAAGUAUUCGUCAACUGUUGCCACAAUUUUCACGGGCAUAGCAUCUGCUGCGUUGUUUGGCCAUACCCUGACUAUAAACUUUAUCUUGGGAAUUUCUAUUGUAUUUAUCUCUAUGCACCAGUUCUUUUCACCCCUUUCAAAGGUUAAGGAUGAACCAAAAAAUGGCUCUUUGGAAAUGAUAGAUAGUCAGAAUAACCAAAGGUCUAAGGAUGCGUCCUUUAUAAAUAUGGCAGCUCGGGCGAAUGAAGAUGCUAGUCAUCGUGUUGAACCUGAUGAGAAAACACCACUUCUUCCCAUAUAAAAUUCCAGGAAUGCUGUUUAACAGAUGACAUUCUUUUAGCUGGACUCAUCAGGAAGUUAAGCAGAUGAAAGCCAAUUUCAGUAAACCGAGAAAUCCUCUCUUACCUUCAGGGAUCUCUUCAUAUCCAUGGUAGUCCACCACCAUCCUCAGUGUUUAGCCCUCAGUAACCAGUACAUACAGUUGAUCAACUACGCGCUUUCUGCUAUACAAAAGGUUUUCUAUACUGAGUCAUAGCUUUGUAUCCAACCUUAGAUAAGGCAUAUAAAGUAAUUAUUCCGUAUUUUAGCCCUACUCUUGUUAAUUUUCUCAACAAAUACUAUAUCACUAGCAAACAUCAAUAUGAUAAUUGAAAAUUCAUUUUUCUUCAA